AUAAAUGACAGUUACUCAUUUGACAUUUUUUUAUUAUUAAAUAUAUGUCAAAGUAAACAUUACCACAAAGUACUUUGUGAUUAUCACAUCCAGAUUUUUUAUUGUAGUAAAAGAUUCGUCGUUUUAGCGAAAAAUUAAUGUAAAAAUAUUAUCACUUCCUUUAUUUAUAAUAAUAAAUAUCACUAAUAAAAUAUUUGAAAAGUUUAUACUAAAGGCAUUUAUUACAAAUUAAAAAAAAAAAACAGCAGCAGUAUAAGUAGGAUCUUCAGAAAUUAACUAAAUAAAAAAUGAUUUCACUAAAUUUGGGCGAAACUUUGAUCAGACGAGAUGGGAAUAAAGUGUAUUUUAUAGCAGAAAUCGGACAGAAUCAUCAAGGAUGUUUAGAAUUGGCUAAAAAAAUGAUUUUAGAGGCAAAGAAAAUUGGCUGUGAUUGUGUUAAAUUUCAAAAAUCAUGUCUUGAAGCAAAAUUUACCGAAUCAGCAUUAAGUCGACCAUAUGAAAGUAUACAUUCGUGGGGUAAAACGUAUGGUGAACAUAAGCAGUAUUUGGAGUUCAACAUACAACAGUAUCAUGAGUUGCAAUGUUUUUGCAAAGAAAUUGGUAUUGAUUUUACAGCUUCUGCCAUGGACGAGGUUUCUUUAGAACAAUUGGAUAUGCUAAAUGUUCCUUUUAUUAAAAUUGGCUCUGGAGAUGCAAAUAACUUUCCACUUUUAGAAAAAGCCGCCAAAUUGGAGCGUCCUCUUGUUAUAUCAACGGGCAUGCAAACAAUGGAAACUAUCGAACGUAUUGCGGAAAUUAUGAACAAUGCAAAGAAAACAAAUUACGCCUUAAUGCACUGUGUUUCCUCAUAUCCAACGGAAGCCAAAAAUUCCCAAAUAAAAAUGAUUACCACCUUAAAAAAUAAAUUUCCUCAUUGUGUGAUUGGUUACUCAGGCCAUGAACUUGGCGUAGACAUUUCCAAAGCAGCUGUUUUACUAGGUGCUAGAAUAAUAGAAAGACACUUUACUUUGGAUAAACAACAAAAAGGUUCCGAUCACAAAUGUUCUCUAGAACCCUCAGAAAUGGCCAAGUUAAUAGAGGAUGUAAAUGAGUUAAUGUUAAAUGUUAAGUCUAAUCCACAGGAACUAUUGGACAAUGAAAUUCUUGCGCUACUGCCAAAAACACCAAGUAUUAAGGAAGCUUUAGAUUCAUUUGAUCCUAAUGGUAGAGAAGAGAGGUGCAUUCUACCUUGUGAAAUGGAUUGUCGUAUAAAAUUGGGUAAAUCUAUUGUGGCAUCUCAAGAUUUAAAAGCUGGUCGUAUUAUAAAUAUGGAAGAUUUGUGUAUAAAGGUCAGCGAACCUAAUGGUAUAAGCGCUGAAUUUAUUGAUAACGUUGUGGGUUCUGAACUUAGUGAUGAUAUUGAAAGAGAUAAUCCUUUAACGUGGGAUAUUAUAAUUAAAAUGGAAAGUACACAAUUUUAGUUGUAAGACCUUAAUAUUAAAUUAAUAAUUCAUUCCUU